AUGGCCGACGUGCAGUUUUGGGAUGUAAACAAAUGCAAGGCUGUGCUGUUUGGAGAGUGCAGAGUGCUGUGUUUACUGAAGGACGACCCCAUCAAUAUCCAGACAGCAGUCAGAGGAGACCAGGGGGUCUUGAAUGGCUUCUUCAGUAACUGGGCAACAGCAGAUAUAUCGAAACACCUCCCCUUCAUCUACAACCUCAGCAGCAUAGCAAUCUACACUUACCUUCCAGCAUUCAAACAAUACGGUGGCAACGCCAAGGUGGUCCACUUCCUGGGUCAGACCAAGCCGUGGAGCUACACGUACGACCCCAAGACCAAGAGGGUCAGUGGGGACAUGCAGGAGACCUCCACACACACCAGCUUCCUUCUGGACUGGUGGUUCCUCUACUCUUCCUCUGUGGUGCCCAUGAUGGUGGAGGGAUACGGAGACCAGCCUUUCCACUCUGGCUGUGUGGAAGUUCAUCUAGAAUUCCAGUCCCCUGUCAAAGAAAAUUGUGACCACCAUGGUCACUGGCCUGGGUCAUGGUCACAGAUCAAUAGUCACAAGGAAGGUGGCUGGAAGGGAAACAGCUCGUCACAUGACUCCCAUCACACUGAGCCAUACAUGUCACCAGAGACAUCCGAGGAACGCAAGCAGAAAUGGGAGCAGGGCCAGGCGGACUACAUGGGAAUGGACUCGUUUGACAAUAUCCAGAAAAAGCUUGACGCUUUUCUCAAAUAAAGGGAAACUGAGUUUGACUGAUUCAGUUUAGUUAGUUUCACCCCCCCCCCCCCUCCAUCUUACCAAUAGUUGAUUCUCCAUAUUAGUGAGCCAUUACCCACCCCAGCUCCGAAGACUACAACACAAUUCUGUUACGAUGGGAAACAUUCUGACAUUGUUGGCAGAGGGCAUCCAACUGAGCAACACUUGUAUAGUAUGUUUAUCCUGUUAUAUAUGUACUGUGAAGAUCACGACACUGAAGCACCGAUUUAUUGACAAGCUUUUACAAGUCCUAUCUACUUUUUUUUUCUAUUUGAAAAUGUUUAGAGAAUUAAAACCGCAAUAAAAUAUAAUAAUUAAAUAUG